AUGCAAGGCCUGCAUUGGCUGGCAGCGGCAGCGUGCCAGCGAAGGAGGGUCAAGAGUUUCCGUCAACGGUGCGGCAGCUGUCCAUCUUGUCGAACUACACCAAGUCCUUCUCGGCUUGGAGCACACCCAGAUGGGAGUGGGGACAUACGAAGAGAUAGUAUGAGAGCGGGACAGCCCAGCAAGUCAUUUGGGCUCUACGACUCGUCUCUUCUUCAAGUUCCACUCCUUUUCCACAUGCCACGCUUAACCGCAGGCUCGUCAACUUCAUCCUAUUGCGUUCUCGUUUUGGAGAUGGAUCGCUCGCUGGGCCUCCUUCCGCUGGAUAUGGUUCUUAAACAUUGCAUUUCGUGGGCGGGUCUGUUGGUGGAGACUGAGCAGGAGCCAAAUAUCGGGCUGACGAAUCUCUCGUUUUACAUCUUCGCUGUUCCUACUAAUGAUGAAUAUAAUAUCCUCUUUUCCGCAUCCAUCUUCUCCGCUGCUGCUCGUCUCCUCGGGAUUCUGCCAUUCCCAUCUUUUCCCGUUUCCCAUCCACCUCUUUGGCGCCAUCUCCCCACAUUGAGGUUCUCCUCUCUCAACAGCAGCGCCACUUCAAUCUCCCUCAUUCACGCGAGGUCGAUGACCACACCACCUCCACACAUGCCCUUCGAUGUUUCCCGCACGGUCGUCCGAGCGGCACCAGAAACAGUCAUGUCGCUUCCCCGUGCUUCGGAGUUGCGCAGUCGCUAG